GCACCACCCCUUUCCCCGUUGGGUAGGAAACGAGACCCAGCCCGGGCCGCCGAACCAUACCCACCCUAAACCCCCAUCGAGGUCGAGUCGUCGCCUCGGCGAGAGCCGCGUGAUGCCUCCGUCGAAGCCCAAGCGGCGGCGCGGCGGCGCCUCCUCGCGCGGCCGGAAGAAGCAGAAGCACCUCGACGCGAUCCGCGACGUCGCGCCGCCGCCACCUCCCCCGGCGCCCCUGGGCGGCGGCGGCGGCGGCGCCGACGACGACGAAGAAUACGACGCCGAGGGCAUCCGCCGCAGCACGCGGGUGCGCCGCGCGCCGGUCGUCCUCGACACGUCACCGCUCCCUUCGCCCCGCCGCAAGAGGCCUCGCCGCGGCGGCGCGGUGGGCGCGAGCGGGAGCUCGCGGAGGGGGAGCCGGGGCAGGGCGCGGGACGAAGCGGAUGCCGGGGGGAUGGAGGAUGAGGACGACGAGGGUAGCGUGGCGUGGCGCUCGCGGCUGAGGGAUAGGGUUAAGGGGAAGGCCAAGCUGGAGGGGCGGGCAAGGAGCCUGUGGUUCGAAGAUGAAGAGUACGGGGAGGAGAAGGAGGAGGAUGAAGAGGAAGAGGCCAGGAUGCUGGUGGUGGACGUUCGCGAGAGGGCUGAGGACGACGAGGUGAGCGAGGAGAGUGGAGGUUUGCAGUCGCAAGGGAGGGAACUGAGGGAUAGAGAGAUAAAUUUAACAAUCGAUUUGAAUGUAGACACACACGAGGCCGUGGAGGGCGUCAAUGUAGUAGAAAAGGAAGAGGGAGAAAAGGGAGAGAAGGUUGGGGAGGAAGAAGUGUCAGCAGAGCAAGAGGAAGAGGAGGAAGGACCGACGGUAGGUGCUAGAAAUGAUCUAGAAGAAGGCAAGGGAGAGGAAAUGGUUGAAGAGGAGGGUUUGCAGCGGGAGGAGGAAACUGAAGAGUUGGAAUUGCCUGUAUCCGGAGGAAACGGUAGCGAUGAGAGCAAUGAGGAGGUUAGGGCCAGCAAUUCAGGCGGAACUGAGCAGCUUGUCAUGCAAAAUGAACAGGUUGCAGAAGAGAGCAACCUUCCUGCUGAGCAGCAAAUGCAACUGGACCCAUCUGGUCCUGCGGAGCAAGAGGAAGAGGUCCAUCAGGAUGAACAGAUGGGUCAUGUCCCAGAUGUGAUAUUGGCUAAGGGUGGACCAAAGGAGAGGACACGGAAAUCUCCCAUUUCAGAUGAAAAACAGGGUGCUAAGGUGGUCAAAGAAGGUAGGAGAUGUGGGCUCUGUGGUGGAGGGACUGAUGGAAGACCACCUAAGAUUGCAUUGCAUGAUUCUGUUGACAGUGACAAUGAAGCCUACGAGGGGGCUUUGCCUUCAGAAGAGCCCAACUAUGAUAUGUGGGAUGGAUUUGGUGAUGAUCCUGGAUGGCUUGGGAGGUUGUUGGGUCCAAUUCACGACCGUUUUGGCAUUGCACGUGUCUGGGUUCAUCAGAACUGUGCCGUUUGGAGUCCUGAGGUUUACUUUGCUGGUUUGGGGUGUCUAAGAAAUGUAAGAGCCGCGCUUUGCCGUGGAAGGCUUCUGAAAUGCUGUCGAUGCGGCAGACCUGGAGCGACUAUCGGGUGUCGCGUUGAUCGUUGCCCGAAAACCUACCAUUUGCCUUGUAGUCGAGCAGAAGCCUGUAUAUUUGAUCACCGGAAGUUUCUUAUAGCUUGUAACGAUCAUCGUCAUCUCUUCCAACCCCAAGGAGAUAAGUAUGUUGAACUGCUCAGAAAACUGAAGAUAAAAAAGAUGAAGGCAGAUAUCAGAAAGCUGUCACACGAUGCAUGGAGAAAGGACAGAGAGGCUGAGGAAAAAUGGUUGGAGAACUGUGGGGAAGAUGAAGAGUUCUUGAAACGUGAGGGCAAAAGGCUAAAUAGAGACCUUUUGCGCAUUGCACCUGUUUAUAUAGGAGGCUCCUCUGAAAAUGACAAGUCAUAUCGUGGUUGGGAAUCUGUUGCUGGGCUCAGUGAUGUUAUUCAGAGCAUGAAGGAGGUGGUGAUACUACCUCUUCUCUAUCCUGAGUUCUUUAGCUCUUUAGGUCUUACACCUCCGAGAGGUGUUCUGCUGCAUGGCCACCCUGGUACCGGUAAAACACUUGUUGUGAGGGCACUAAUAGGGGCAUGUUCUCAAGGUAACAGGAGGAUUGCUUAUUUUGCUCGGAAAGGUGCUGAUUGUUUGGGUAAAUAUGUUGGUGACGCUGAGCGACAGUUAAGACUUCUAUUUCAGGUUGCUGAACGAUGUCAGCCUUCUAUCAUAUUUUUUGAUGAGAUAGAUGGUUUAGCACCUUGUAGAUCCAGACAACAAGACCAGACACACAAUUCAGUUGUGGCAACUUUGCUUUCAUUGCUUGAUGGUUUGAAAUCAAGAGGCUCGGUUAUAGUGAUUGGGGCUACAAAUCGCCCUGAUGCUAUUGAUCCUGCUCUUAGGAGACCAGGAAGGUUUGAUCGUGAGAUAUACUUUCCACUUCCAACAUUUGAGGAUAGAUCUGCUAUUCUGUCACUGCAUACAAGAAACUGGCCAAGUCCUAUUUCAGGUGCAUUCUUGUCACUUAUUGCUAGCCAAACUGUUGGAUAUGCUGGUGCUGAUCUGCAGGCAAUCUGCACACAAGCUGCAAUAAAUGCUUUGAAAAGAACCUGCCCGUUACAUGAGAUUUUGCGGUCUGCUGAGAAAGGAGUUGAGCAUGGGCGAGUUCCUUUACCAUCGGUUCUCGUGGAGGAAAGAGAUUGGUUAGCUGCUCUUGCAGCUGCUCCCCCACCCUGUUCACAAAGAGAAGCAGGGAUUGCUGCAAAUGAUCUAGUUUCCUCACCUCUAGAUUCCUGUCUUGUAACAAGUCUUCUUAAACCAUUGGUGCACCUGCUUAUUUCUCUGUAUUUGGAUGAACGUGUAUGGUUACCUUUGUCCCUUCUUAAGGCAUCUGGCUCUAUUAAAGAAGUUGUGUUCUCAUCCAUGGAAAAGAAUAGUGUACCCCGCACUUUCUGGUCUACUUAUCUUAAUUCUUUGAUUCAACAAAAGGAUAGUGCAAAUAGAAUUAAAACAAUCCUCUCAAGUUGUGGCCUAGUAUCUGCACAACUAGGAAAUCAUGAUUCGAUGUUGCCAAGCCAUGUUGAAACACAGGACAUUUUUUGCGGCAGCAGAUUAAAUUCCACUGGUUCUCAUAUGAAAGGAGGGUUACCACAUAAGUUAUCAGGGUUUCGAGUUUUAGUUGCUGGAGCACCCAGAUCAGGCCAGCAACACCUAAUUCGUUGCCUACUUCAUGGUUUUAUGGGCCAGAUUGUAAUACACAAGCUUGAUCUCGCAACUAUGGCGCAGGAGGGAAAUGGUGAUAUUCUUAGUGGACUGACACAAAUUCUUUUAAAAUGCCUAAAUCUUGGAAGGUGCAUCAUCUACAUGCCUAGAAUUGAUUUAUGGGCAGUUGAUAAGGUCCAUAGUCAGACAGAAGAUACUAUGCUCAAUAUGGAUACAAGUGAUUUAGCAUCCUCAACCAUCAAUCACACAAGGAAAUGUUCUGAAGUUUGGAAUGCGUUGGUUGAGCAGAUGGAUUCAUUGUUAGCUUCUGUAUCAAUAAGUGUUCUGUCCACUAGUGACGUGAGAUUUCAAGAUCUUCCUAGUGGAGUAAGAGGUUUCUUCAGCACACAUGUUGUGGAUCAAUGCUUUGCUUCUUCUGAACACACAAUUCCAAGAUUUUCUGUGAACAUUGAUAGCCGCUCUAGUUGGGAUGAGAUGAUUGAUUCAUGUGCUUUUCAGUUAUCUCAUGACUUGAUUCAACAUCAUGUUCAAUUUUUGCAUGACAAAUCGCAUAAGAAUAAUCGCCAUGAACAGAAAGAAGUCUUUACUUCCAUGGAAAUCAGUGUACAAGGUGAAUCUAAAUCCAGUUUGAGUGAGCAACCCUUGUGUGGAGUUGCUUCUAGGGAGAAUCCAACUCAGCUGGCUGCAAUCAGAGCUCAACAAGAGCCACCACCAAAUAAUGCGAAAGAUAGCGUCGAGAAUGUUCAGAAACUUUUCGAGGACAGAGUUCAAAGAUAUCCUUCUAGUAGGAUGGUAAAAGGCAACGAGUCACUUGCUAUUGUUGCUUUUGGAAUUCAGAUACUGCAGCACCCGCAGUUCUCUAAACUUUGUUGGGUUACCUCAAAGCUGCAGGAAGGACCCUGCACUGAUAUAAAUGGGCCAUGGAAUGGCUGGCCAUUUAAUUCCUGUUUAUUGCAUACCAGUGCCUCACCUGAUAAGUCAGUAAAUGGAGGAAACAAUGUUGUUAAGGGGAAGGAAAAGACUCUCCAUGUGAGAGGGCUUGUUGCUGUUGGCUUAUUAGCUUAUAGAGGUGUCUACGAAUCUGUUAUUGAAGUCUGUGCUGAGGUGAGAAAGGUAUUGGAACUGUUAGUUGGACAGAUCCGAACUAAACUUUUGGAAAAGAGAAAUCGGUUUCGGUAUUUUCAUAUUCUAUCUCAAGUAGCUUAUCUGGAUGAUAUCGUGAACAGCUGGGCUUACACCUUUCAAAGAUUACAUGGUAGCAGGACAGGAACAUCAGGUUCAAAGAGUUCAUGCUCCAAAGAACAUCAAAGCUCCAUGCAUGCUGCAGAAACCAAUGUACAAGUUGCUCCUACCGGCAACUCUGCUGAGUUUGAAGACAUACCAGCCGAACACAUACAGGACCAUGAAGUUGUUCCUGGUCCUAAUGAGAUGCAAGACAAUCCAGUUCAGUGUACUGCAGAGCAAGUUGGAAUCCAUACUAAUGUCUGUGACCUUGAUGGUGAUCAUGUGACAUCUAUAUCCAGCAAGGAUGCAGUGGAACACAGUCUUAUUCAUUCAGCUUCGCCAGAGGUGCAUAGGUGUAACCUUACACAUGUGGAUACAUCAGCAAAUGAUGGAGAAUGCAGUGGAGCAAACAACAAUGGGAAAGUGUACGAUUUAACUUAUGAUGAUGAGAACUGCAGACCAGAUAUUCAAAGAUCUGGAAACCACACAGAGUCUGUUGAAUACUUAAAUGACCUGCAGAAGGCAGAAAAUUCUGUUGGAUCCUCUGCAAGCGCUGACAGUACAGAAAUACCAAGGAAGGUUGUUUCUUCCGAAGCUUGUGGUGAUGAUAAUGAGUUGAAGGAGAAUAAUCCUCUGAAUGAUGUGGAAUUAAGUCAUUUGAUUGAUGGUCAACUUGAAUAUGACAUGAAUAAUCUUUCUGUCCCAAAAUCUUCAUGUCUCUACAAAUGUUGCUCUCCAUGCUUCCGCGCUGUUUAUAAGAUGGUUCAUGGUACUCUAUCAAAUUCUCUAAGGCCUAAUCUGCAUUGCCUAACAGUUGAUGAUACGCAUGACAUUUUGUCAUCAUGGUGCAUGAAUCUGUUAGCUACUGUUAGAAAAUGUUACAGCUCCCAAGAUGAGGUCAGCUGUGAAGAAAAUCUUGAAACAAAAACCUUCUUAGAGCAUUGUGCUUGUAAGAGUGAUCUUCGUCAUCUUUCAAGGGAGUGCAUAUGCCACUUGGAAAGCAAUGAGGAUACUGAAACUGCAAAUACUGAUUGCUUAUCAGGACAAAGUUUAAGUUUUUUCUUUAAGGAUGGUGUGUGGAUGCCAUCGAAUGUCACUGCAGAAACAACAAUUCAUUGCAGCUUCAGGAAAUUCUGCAUUUGCUCGAUAUUAGGAACAAUUUCUAUGCUCAGUCAAUUCUCCAGUUGAUGAGAUUGUCUGAGAUAAAAAAAGUACAGAGUUCUUUAAUGCUCUAGGUGCCACAGUUCUGAUUUUGCUCUGAGUUGUCUGUCUCCAGUUUUGCACAUGUCACAAGAUCAUCUGGAUGUCUUCUGUUGGUUUAUUGGAAUUUUGUCACCCUUAUGCAACAUACGAGCUUGCUCUUGUUGCAAAUGAAUUGCCUCUACCUGCUAUGGUCAGUAGUGGAAUGCUGAUUGUUGUAUUUGCUUCGCAGCCUGGAUAUAUAAAGAGAAGCUAAGCUAUUCAUCUUCAGUUUUUCAGUGAAGUUACUCUGUUGUAGAGUAUGGACUGCUGGAAUCUGUAUGGUUAGCUGAUGAUUGAUGCCUUGUUGCUUCUAAUUAUAUGAUGCAUUACAGCUAAGCCAUCGAGUUGAAACAAGGUUGAAUCUUAUAGCAUUUUAAGCUGUACAAUAAUACUCAUCACCGGUAUGCUUUCUAUUGAGCAACUAACAUCCAGCAUGAUGAAUCUUUGUAGUUAUGAACACACUGUUUUAGAUUAAUGAGGUUGAAUUAUAUUUUGCAGUUGCUUCUAGGAAUGUAAACAAGUUUAGUAGAGGCAAUUGUCAAUGAAACAAGUUUCUAAUUGCUGUUUAUUGCAAUGGUAUUGAUGUGACCCUUACAGAUUUACCCCUAAUCUUUUCUUUUUUUAGAAACUUAUAAGACAGCUUUAGAUGUAAGCAGUAGAGUUUCUUUAGAUGUUUAAAUGUUUCAUAUGCGACUGAAUAAUUCAUAUAUUAUUUCUUUCACACACACACACACACACACACACACUCCCUCUGUCCCAAAUAUAUUAUUAAUCGUUUUUGCUUUAGUGAUGGAUGAGGUCACAAGGGAUAUACAAGGUGAGAUCCCUUGGUGUAUGCUCUUUGCUAAUGAUGUGGUGCUAGUUGACGAGAGUAGGGCAUGGGUUAAUAGGAAGUUAGAGCUGUGGAGACGCACGUUAGAGUCGAAAUGGUUCAGACUUAGUAGGACCAAGACCGAGUACAUGAUGUGCGAUUUCAGCGCGACUAGGCAUGAUGGGCGAGACGUUAGUCUAGAUGGGCAAGUGGUGGUCCAGAAGGAUACUUUUCGGUAUUUAGGAUCGGUCCUACAAAAGGAUGGCGACAUUGAUGAAGAUGUUAGGCAUAGAAUUUCAGCUGGCUGGUUGAAAUGGCGGCAAGCUUCUGGCAUCCUUUGUGACAAGAGGGUGCCACAAAAGCUAAAAGGCAAAUUCUAUAUGACAGCAAUUCGUCCGGCGAUGUUAUACGGUGCUGAAUGUUGGCCUACAAAAAGGCGACAUGUCCAGCAACUAAGUGUAGCAGAAAUGCGGAUAUUGUGGUGGUUUUGCGGGCACACAAGGAGGGAUAGAGUCUGGAACGAAGUUAUUCGGGAUAGGGUCGGGGUGGCACCAAUUGAGGAGAAACUUACCCAGCAUCGGCUGAGAUGGUUUGGACAUGUCCAACGAAGGCCUCCUGAGGCGCCGGUGCGUAAUGGGGUUCUUGAGCGGGUCGAUAAUGUAAAGAGCGGUAGAGGUAGACCUAAACUGACGUGGGAUGAGUCGGUUAAGAGAGAUCUUAAGAAUUGGAAUAUCUUUAAAGAGAUAGCUUUGGAUAGGAGCGCUUGUAGACUAGCUAUCAAUGUGCUCGAACUUUGAACUUAUUUCUUUCGGGUUUCAUCUCUAGCCUACCCCAACUUGCUUGGGAAAAAAGGCUAUGUUGUUGUUGUUGUUGUUAGCUUUUCUAGGUGCAUAGUUUUUGUUAUGCUUCUAGACAUGUUAUGUCAAGAUGCAUAGCAAAAUCUAUGUAUAUAGAAAAGUCAAAAUGAUUAAUAAUUUGGGACGGAGGGAGUAGCUAUAUAUUUGAACUUCAAAACAAAGCAGUGUUUGGUAGGUUGAGCCCAUUAGAAAUCUAAAUAGCACUAGGCAGGUGGUCGCUGCUAGCAGCAAUCCUGUGUGUGCAUGUAUGUGUCCAUGUGCAUGCUAGUGUCCAGGUACAUGGUCAUUAGUUUGCAGAUUUCCUGCUGCUAGUUAGUGAGAAUAGUAACCAAUCAAAGUAGUAAUUGCUGUUGUUAUUAGCUGAUUGAUUCAGGCCAGUGAAGUGUUCGGCUGUGUACAAAAGCAAGGAAAACAGAAAAGGCAGCAAGCAAUUGCAGCGCCAAAGUACUGUGUAUGUGCGUGUGUUCCUGUUAGAGGAGUCAAGAGCCUAUUGGGCCUUAGCCCAUUAGGAUUAAUUAGUCGCUUGCUUAGGGGUCAAGUAAACCUCUCUAUAUAAGGAGAGGAGAUGUAUCAAUCUAAUCAAGCAAGAGAUUAGAAG